CUAGGGGAAAAAAAAAAAAAAAAAAGAUUACUGCCACUUUAAGAAAAUUGCCUUCAGAGUUAAUUACCUUCAUAGACAAUUUUCAGACCAGAGUGGUUUCGACUCUCAGCAAUUAGACCUUAAAGGAUUCAAAGAAACUGUUCUUGAAAAUGGUUAGCUCAUGUAUUAUAAGUCUUAAUGAAAAUAUCCUAAAACUAUAAAGUAUAUUUCAGACCUUCUAAAUGUCUUAAAAUACAUGAAUUAUAUAUAAUUCUAGUCAAUGAGUAUGAAGAAUACUUCAGCUCAUUGCCUCAAUGUAUCUUUAAAUCUAGAAACAUCCUUGUCUCUCAUGAGUGACAGAAUAAAGUGUUUUCGUAGUGCUGGUUUGACUGGAGCCACUUUUAACUCAUGAUGGGAUGGAUUUAGGUUUUCUCUAAUUUCAUGAGCCCAGCUCUGUCACUAGCUGAGUCACAGUCACCUGGCUCCAUCUGCCAGAUCGUCAAGCGUGCCUUCUUGGAUUUCUGAUGAGAGUCGCCACAAGGCCCUGGGAGGCUCUGAAAGUCUUCCUCAAGCCAUCCCAGGGUGUGACAUUCCCACCAAGCCCACCGGAGCAUCAGCCAUGACCAUCCUGCCUCUCGUGUGACUUGUCUCCAGGUCUGAUGCUCAGGGCCUUGUCGCCAAAGGCUCUGAGGGGAGGAAGGUGAGAGGUGCCUGGGUUCAGGAGGGGCCGCUCCCUGCAGGGUCGGCAGCAUCGCUUCUUGUCACUGUCUCGCUGUACCAGCACAGGUGACCCCUCCCCUGCCCUGGCGGAUCGUUAGGAACCAUCCGGUUAGAAGGGGCCAUCGUGCUGGCAGCUGCCUGUGUGCUGUUUGUCUCAGCGUGUGGGAUGGGUCUGGACCUUGGUGGCUGGGUUUAAGGGAGUUUAGAGUUGAGGUCUGGAACCAAGCAAGUUUCUGUCCUGCCAGGACAGGGUGUGGGCCUCUUGUAUAGUGUAGCUCUGUCUGUCCAAUGGGUGUAACAGGUCCCGGUCCAGUGUAUGACCAAGGCUUGGGCACCCAGUGUGUGCAGCAGUCACCCUGUGUCUGCCCACGUCUCAUCCCAGCUUCCUUAGUGCUGGACAUGUUAGCCAGGCCUCCAUCCUGGGGACCGCCGUGACCAGAGGCAGACAUCAGGAGCCUGUGCCUGCUGUGGGUGGCACAAGUAGGUCAGCACCCAGCACCACCAGGCACUGCUGCGUGCCAGGCCCAUGUCCUCCCGUCGUGGAGCAUGGAACGGCUCGUGGCAGCCGUAGAGCUGCAGGCCUGCUCCCUGUUGAGGGUGGUUAUGGGUCGGAGGCCACGUAUGGGAGGUGGAACUGCAGCAUGUGCCACCUCUUCAUGCUGGUUCACAACCAGGUGUGGGCAUCACCAUCCCCACGCUGUGCCCCCUUCCAGGCCCUGCAGGGUGGUGGGGACAGCCAGGGCUGUACUGGUGCUAGGGAACCCCGCCCAGCCACCCUUCACAGACUUUGUGGUUGUCCCUGGGUUAGGCCCACUUGCAGGACAUCCUGCUGGGUAGCAGUCAGGAGGCAGACGAGGUGACACCUUGCCAGCAUUCUUCCUGUGUUGGCCUUUGGGCUGGUGCAGGGGGCUGUGUGCCAUCCUCACCUUACCACCACCGCAUGGCCAGCACCCAACCAGAUGUCUCCACUGUCCCAGUUUUCAAGGCUGGACACUGACACUCGAGAGACUAAGGAGCUUGCCCAGAGCCCUACAAGAGAGCCUGGAAGAGGGGCAGCUCCCAGCCUUACCCCGAGGCCCCUGGUGAGCACAUGGCCUGGCCUGCAUGAUCCUCGGGCACCCAGGGGCCCACCCUUGGCAGCACCCCACCCCUUUCCCCACUGGGCUCUAAGGCGCCUUUCUCCCCGGGAUGGAAGCUCCUUCCUCCUGCCUCGGCCUGGGCCGGCCCUGCCUGCACCCCUGAGUGAGCCACCCAGGAGAACAAUCGGACCCACAUUGCACACAGCUGGCCAUUGAAAGGGACAAGAAUGGGGCAAGCGUGUUCCACGGCCCGAGGCAGGCUCACUGUGGGGGCCUUGUCCUGCUGCUGAACGGCCCCUUGUCGUGGCCCCAGUGGGCCCAGCUGCCUGUGGCCUGUCUCCGUGGCCCCACCCAGGCUGCAACCAGAGACGCCGUGGUGUCAGGACAGUCGCCCUGGGCAGCAAGCUCCCUGUGAGGAGGCGUUGGCUGAGCCAGACUGCAUCCUGAGCGCCGUCUUCCCUGUGGCCAGUGCGGGGCCAGGGAGCCAGCCAGCGCGUUCAGCCCCAGGAGAGAGCCACGAUUUCUGAAGACUGCUUCCUGGAAAUGAUCGGGAAGUUUCCAGAGGCACACGAUACAGAAUUUCUUCAGAAGGCUGUAACGAAGCACAUUGGCUAAGAACCGGGUGGCCUUUGGCAUCUGCAGUGCUGGGAGCAGCCUGACCUCACCCAGGUGCUGAGCGAUGCUGGGCCUCAGUGGUCACACAGCCCACCAGCUCCAGGCUGUGCUGUGGGUCAAGGCCCCAGGGCUCUGAGCAGCAACCACCACACCCGCUGUGGGCUCCCCUGCCCGCGGGCCUCCAUUGCCCAAGCCCCCACUGCGGCCCCAGCCGAUGAGGAUGCGGUCCCCCGUCUGGAGGCUGCUCACUGCCCUCGCCGUGGUGUUCGGGACAGCGGUGGCGUUUGCACCCAUACCUAGGAUCACCUGGGAGCACAGAGAGGUUCAGCUGGUGCAGUUUCACGAGCCGGGCAUCUCCAACUACUCAGCCUUGCUGCUGAGUGAGGACAAGGACACCUUGUACGUGGGCGCCCGGGAAGCUGUGUUUGCCUUGAAUGCGCAUAACAUCUCCAGGAAGCAGCACGAGGUGUAUUGGAAGGUCUCAGAAGAUAAAAAAGCAAAAUGUGCGGAAAAAGGGAAGUCAAAACAGACAGAAUGCCUUAACUACAUCCGCGUGCUGCAGCCGCUCAGUGCCAGUGCCCUUUAUGUGUGCGGUACCAACGCCUUCCAGCCAACCUGUGACCACCUGAACUUAACAUCCUUUGCGUUUCUGGGGAAAAAUGAGGAUGGGAAAGGAAGGUGUCCCUUCGACCCAGCACAGAGCUACACGUCUGUCAUGGUUGAUGGAGAGCUUUAUUCUGGGACAUCAUAUAACUUUUUGGGAAGCGAACCCAUCAUCUCCCGAAAUUCUUCCCACAGUCCUCUGAGAACGGAGUACGCGAUACCUUGGCUUAACGAGCCCAGCUUCGUGUUUGCUGACGUGAUGCGCGAGAGCCCUGGAGGCGGGGGCGGUGGCGAUGACAGGGUGUACUUCUUCUUCACGGAGGUGUCUGUGGAGUACGAGUUUGUCUUCAAGCUGCUGAUCCCCCGCGUAGCGAGGGUGUGCAAGGGGGACCAGGGCGGCCUGCGGACGUUACAGAAGAAGUGGACCUCCUUCCUGAAGGCCAGGCUGAUCUGCUCCCGGCCGGACAGCAACCUCGUCUUCAACGUGCUGCGGGAUGUCUUCGUCCUCAGGUCUCCGGACCUAAAGGAGCCCGUGUUUUACGGGGUCUUCACCCCACAGCUGAACAAUGUGGGGCUGUCGGCUGUGUGCGCCUACAACCUGUCCACGGCCGAGGCAGUCUUCUCCCGAGGGAAGUACAUGCAGAGUGCCACAGUGGAGCAGUCCCACACCAAGUGGGUGCGCUACAACGGGGCUGUCCCCACGCCACGGCCCGGGGCGUGCAUCACCCGAGAGGCGCGGGCGGCCAACUUCUCCAGUUCUCUGAACCUUCCGGACAAGACUCUGCAGUUUGUCAAAGACCACCCUCUGAUGGACGACUCCGUGACCCCGAUAGACGGCAGGCCCCGGCUGAUCAAAAGCGACGUGAACUACACGCAGAUCGUAGUGGACAGGACCUGGGCCCUGGAUGGGACUGUCCAUGACGUCAUGUUUGUCAGCACAGACCGGGGCGCCCUGCACAAAGCCAUCAGCCUCGAUAACAGCGUUCACAUCAUCGAGGAGACACAGCUCUUCCAGGACUUCGAGCCGGUGCAGACCCUGUUGCUGUCCUCCAAGGAGGGCAGAAAGUUUGUCUAUGCCGGUUCCAACUCGGGUGUGGUACAGGCCCCACUGGCCUUCUGUGGAAAGCAUGGCACCUGCCAGGACUGCGUGCUCGCCCGGGACCCCUACUGCGCCUGGAGCCCCGCCACGGCCGCCUGCAUCACCCUGCACCAGACGGAUCGCCCCAGCAGGGGUUUGAUUCAGGAAAUGAACGGGGAUGCAUCUGCUUGCCCUGAUAAAAUUAAAGAAAGUUACCGGCAGCAUUUUUUCAAGCAUGGCAGCACAGCAGAACUCAAAUGCUCGCAAAAGUCCAACCUGGCCCGGGUGGUGUGGAAGUUCCAGAAUGGCGUGCUCAAGGCCGAGAGCCCCAAGUACAGCCUGGUGGGCAGGAAGAACCUGCUCAUCUUCAACCUGUCGGAAGGAGACAGUGGGGUGUACCUCUGCCUGUCGGAGGAGAGGGUCAAGAACAAGACAGUCUUGCAGGUGGUGGCCAAGCACGUGCUGGAGGUCAGGACGGUCCCCCGGACCCUGGCCGCUUCCACCUCGCCAGCCACACAGACAGAGGGUCGUAAGAUCACCUCCAGAGUAUCAGUGGGGUUCACCCAAAGCUCCCCUCCGCAGACCCCAGCCGUGAGGGUCACCACCCCUGGGGCCAUCGCCCCCCCUUCCAGCCCCGAGGCGCCCACCAGCACGUCCUGUGAGCCAAAGAUUGUCAUCAACACCGUCCCCCAGGUCCACUCGGAGAAGACGAUGUAUCUCAAGUCUGGCGACAACCGCCUCCUCAUGUUCCUCUUCCUCUUCUUCUUCGUCGUCUUCCUCUGCCUCUUCUCCUACAACUGCUAUAAGGGCUACCUGCCCGGACAGUGCUUAAAAUUCCGCUCGGCCGUGCUGCUGGGGAAGAAGAAGCCCACGGCGGACUUCUCAGACUGCGAGCAGAGCGUCAAGGAGACGCUGGUGGAGCAGGGCAGUUUCUCCCAGCAGAACGGGGGGCAGCCCAAGCCGGCGCUGGACACGGGCUACGAGACGGAGCAGGACACCAUGGCCAGCAGGCUGCCCACCGACAGGGAGGACUCGCAGAGGAUCGACGAGCUCCCAGUCAGGGACCGGCCGUUCGACGUCAAGUGCGAGCUCAAGUUCGCUGACUCGGACGCAGACGCGGACGGGGACUGAGGCACCCGCCGCGCGCAGGGAGGUCUUUGUGUCGCCAGUUCUGUGACCCUGUCCAGUGCCGCCUACGUAGCUGUUGUCAGCAAACCUCAGUCUUGUGUCUUUCCUCUUGGGUCGCGCUUGUGACUUGGUUUCUCUUUGUCCCUCGGAAAACAGCGAGCAUCCCAUCGCGCCCGGCCUCCCCGGUGGGUCAGAGCGCUUGGAGCUGUGUCCUCAGGCUCGGCCGAGCACACUCUGAGGCGGAAGGAUGGCGGGGCUGCCACUGGCCUGGGAAGAGGGGGUCCUGAGCAUCCCCCCCUCACAGCAGCCACUGAAAGAUAAUUUAAUUCCAGAUUGGAAAUGACCUUUUAGUUUAUCAGAUUGGUAACUUAUCACCUGUUGUCCAGGUUGGCACGAACUUUUCUUCCACGACAUUAUUUUUUAAUAUUUUGCUUUCAUUAUGUGGGUGUGUUAGGUCCUUUAUUUUUUAAAUUACUAAAGCAGAUGUUUUAAUAUUUAGAAGAUGUCCAUCUUCUGGAUUUUGUUGUACAUUAGGGGAAGACAUGGCUUAUGUUGCUUAAGAUUCUCAGGGAUAAACUUACUUUGCUAGAUGUGUUCUUUUCUGCUUUUAGAGACUAGACAAAACCAUUUCUUGGGCACACAUGUUUUGGGGGGGUGUUUUUUGGUUUGGUUUGGUUUUGUUUAAUUUUAUUCCUUGAGGGAAGCAUCAUUUUCGGAGAGAUUUUCUUUCUGUACCUUUUCACUCUUGUUUUAACUCUUUUGAAGAGAAGGCUGUGGAGGACGGUCCCAGGACACGGGGCGGGACUUUGAGGGAGGAAGAGGGGCCCAGCGUGCUCUGGGCGAAACCGGGCUGGCCCAGGGAACUGAGAGGAGGAGCAUGUUACAAUCCGACGCCCACGGCCACUGGUCCAAACCUCCUGUCCAGACAGACAGUGUUUUCUGCGGGUGUCUUGGUCGUCUGAACAUCUCCGUUUUCUUUUUGCUUCCAUCUCAUGCCCUCUGCCCGCCCAGACUCUCCGCUUAGCCUAACAGCUGUCCACAACUGGAAGAGAGCUGGGCAGCCCUGGACGGCCAGGCCGGUGACCAGCGCACCUCCUGCAGAAGCCGCCACCGCAGACCUGCCUGGCCCGGCGCUGUCUUUUAAGAUGCCAGUGGGGUGGCACAGUCUUAGCACCAUCAGUGUCACACUCCACUUCCUGCUCUCCAGACGCCUGCAAGGGGAGCCUUUCUUUCCGUGGCAAAGAGCAAUAAACUCUUAAUUUGUGUGUGCCUGUGUGGACCGUGUCAUCUUCCAGCAUGAUAGGAUUCGACUGUUUUGGUGUAAACACUUGUGUUUUAUAAGAUUUACUUUGUUUUUAUUUUUCUACUUUGAAUUGUAUACAUUUGGAAAGUAACCAAAUAAACGAGAAUCUUAUAUCCUUGA